GAGACACCAGACAAGAACACCAGCAAACCUGCGGCCACCAGCUGCGCUGCCGCCCGCCGUCCACGCGUCCAGGACCCUGUGUCGGACGACGCACUCGAAGCCGCUCCGACGGGCACCGCUACUCCUCUUUAACCGUCGACGACCCACCAAUUCUGGAGACUUCUCCUGCUCUGCAUUAACCAGCGAAAAGGAACAACAAUCAGCUCUCACAAGUUUCUGCUGUUGCUGACAUGGUAAUUAGAUGGCCAAGGAUGCUAACACCCACCCAACUCUCACAGAUUAUUCGUGAACAGAAGAACCCACUAAAAGCCCUUGAAAUCUUUAAUGAAGUGAAGCACAGAUAUCCAAAAUACAAUCAUAAUGGUCCUGUUUACGAAGCCAUGAUAAACAUUUUAGGAAGCAAUGGUCAGCUGACUGAGAUGAAACAUGUUAUUAAUCAGAUGAAGGAUGAUUCAUGUCAGUGCCAUGACUCAGUCUUUGUAAGUGCAAUCAAAACCUAUGCAAAAGAAAAAUUAAUCAAUGAGGCGGUUUUGCUUUUCAAAAGCCUUCCACAGUUCAACUGCGUUAAUUGGACUCGAUCUUUUAAUACUAUGUUGGAAAUACUUGUGAAAGAGUCUAAGCUUGAUCAGACAUAUCACAUCUUUCUUGAGAAUUCAAGCCGAUGGGAAGUGAAGUCUCGGACUUUUUCUUUGAAUUUACUAAUGGAUGCCCUCUGUCAAAUGAAAAGAUCCGAUCUUGCCUGUCAUAUUUUCCAAGAGAUGAGCCAUCAAACCUGCUGCUGUGCAGACAAGGAAAGUUAUAGGAUUUUGAUGAGCGGGCUGUGUCAAGAAAAGCGGUUUGACGAGGCUAUUCAUUUAUUGUAUUCAAUGUUCUGGAGGAUUUCAGCUAAGGGCAGCGGUGAAGAUGUUGUAAUAUAUAGGACACUUUUGGAAGCGCUUUGUGAUAAUGGGAAUUUCGAUGAAGCACUUCAGGUUCUUUCAAAGGUAUUGCAUAAAGGGCUUAAGACUCCUAAGAGACACCGAAGGCAAAUUCAAUGCCACUAUGAUUCAGAUAGUUGCCAUUUGAAUGCAUUUAUUAAUGAAGCGUUAAUCAUGGGCUUAAUUCCAAGUCAUAAGAGUUUCAGGGAACUGGCAAUUGGUUAUUAUUCCGGAGACAAGAUUGAUGAAGGUAACAAAGUGUUGAAUGAAAUGUUUAAGAAAGGGUUUAGACCAUCGUUGGAGAUAUAUGAGGCCAAGUUGCUGGCAUUGUUUAGACAACAUCGGGUUAAUGAGGCCAUGGAGGUUGUUGACCAGGACAUGGUAGGUAGCAACUGUCUUCCUAAUGUUAAGUUGUAUAAUACUCUUAUAAAAGGACUCUGUGAUGAAAAAAAAUCGGAUUUAGCCAUCAAGUAUUUUGAGAAAAUUCAUACGCAGCUAUGCUGUGUUGCCAACAAGGAAACUUAUGAGAAUUUAGUUGAUGGACUAUGUCGUGAAGGUAGAUACACAGAAGCAAGUCUUGUGCUGGACAGAAUGUUGAAUAAUUCUUAUUGGCCUAGAGUUGAAACUUUUAAUGCUGUGAUCCACGGUCUUUGCUUGGUAGAUUGUAAUUCACAUAAAGCAAUCAUGUUUUUAGAGGAGAUGGUUAGUCAAGCUAAGUUACCAGAAGCUCCUGUUUGGCAGUCACUAGUAGCAUCUAUUUGUACUGAAACUGCUGGAAACCGAUUUCUUUAUAGACUAUUAGAACGAUUGAGGAAGCCUUAACUAUGGUCUUACUCUAAUAUAUGUAUCUAAUCAAUCAUAUCUGAUUUUUUUACUAUGCAUGUGUGUGUCUCGCCUUGAAGAAUUAUUUAAUAAGCUAAUAUUUUCCAGAUGUUAUUUUUCAGCUUCAUGCAACCUUUGAUCUGAAACUUCUUGCCAUCUCAUCUGUUCUCUUAAAAUCCCA